UUCUACCUCCAAUUCCCCCUCGCAACACAAACGCAUCACUACGUGGUGAAUAAUUGACAAGCUCUUCCUCCCUUUGUCGUGUCUCUCGUCAGGUCUGCCAGGCCGUGACAAGUCUGCCCUCCCUCGAGUCCAGCAUGUCCAGUCUCCACCUGCUGCUUCCCGGACGAUGACUCUGAGCAGGUAAACAGACCCUGUAGCAGCUGCUGCGAGCUGUGAAACCAUGAAGGAGUUCCUAUUUUUGCUCGUUGUAGUCAUGGAAGCGUCCUCCGGCUCCCACAACAGCUGGUGUGAACCUGGCUGUGACUGUCAGACAGACGUAAGGUACACCAGCUGCUCUCGGGCUCUCCUCACUAAGCUGCCCAGCAGGAUUUCCCCCAACACCAAACUCCUCGACCUGUCCUUCAACCACAUAACCCUCAUCCCCAAACGUUCCUUCAGCAAAAACCACAAGCUGCAGGUGCUGCUGCUGCAGCACAACAACAUCAGUGUGGUGGAGGACAGUGGCUUCUCUCACCUGGAGUUCCUCAGCAAACUGGACCUGAGCUGGAAUCAGAUCUCCUUCCUGUCUGAGGGUUUCUCCGCGGGCCUGGCGCUACUGCGGGAGCUGCAGCUCGCCCACAAUCGCCUGACGACACUGGACAGCAAGAGUUUCCUCUACCUGGAUGGUCUCCAGAGGUUAAACCUAACCAGCAAUGCUAUCCACACCAUCCAGGUGAGGUCCUUCUCCUCCAUGACCUCUCUGCGACAGCUUCACCUGGAGGACAACCACCUCACGUCGCUGAAGAACGGCAUGUUCUCCAUACUUCGCUCUCUGGAGGUUCUCAACCUGGCUGGAAACCGGAUCAAUGAGACAGAUAUUGGCAUCUUCAAGCCACUUAGCAGUAUGACCUUACUCAACCUGGCCAACAACCAGCUGUCGACCAUAUACUUCAAAACGUUCCUGAGCAUUCAGACCUACAGCACCCACAUUCUCCUGGAGGGAAACCCCUGGCACUGUGACUGUGACCUGCAGAGAUUAUUUCAGAAGCUGCGGAGCAUCCAGAGGCUCUUCCUUGAUGACUACUACAACCUGACCUGCCAGGCGCCCCCUGCGCUGCGGGACUACCGGCUGAUGGAGGUGGACACGGAGCUGUGCAUUGCUGAGACAGUCACUGUGCUCAUCAUCACUGCCACUGUUGCCAUCACUGUGCUUGCGGCCAUGUUAAUGGGUGAGAGGAUGAGGAAGAAGGAGCAGAAGGGGAAACACUGGACACAGCAGGCCGAUCUUUCAGAUGAGUCGGACUAUUGAAACACUCUAUUUUAAAUUUCAUAACCAAGGAUAUUUCUGUCUUUUCUGAGUGCUUCGUAUACACUAUAACUUACCUAAUGUUUUCUCACCCUGCAAUUUUGAUUUUCAGGCAAAGUUUUACUGUCUUCUUUACAACAACAGGCCCCAAAAAGCUUUUCUUUACAGACACAUCUGGUCAUAAGGCUUAACUGCACUAGUGUAACAGGUACUUUACUAAUUUCAUGGAGACACAGACAAUUUCAAAUAACCAAGUAACUUCUAAAGUUUAUAGGUGAGUGUCAUAUGGCUUGCUAGAAAAGUAAUCAAUAAUAUAAACAAAAUAAUCAUAAAUUUUAUAAUCAUAAAUUUAA